AUGAAGUUGAGCCGGAAGGAGCAGGCAGAGAGUGCUAGAAAUGGAGACCAGACCCACCUUUGGGAAGGUGUUGGAAAGUGGGAGAUAGUGUGGACUGCCGAAACCGGGCAGCCGCGCGCUCGGCCGGCCUUUCAGGACGAUUUGCACCGGCUGAGGCGCUACAUUCUCCCGGGUUCGUCCAUGACCUCUCGAGACCGGCCUCUGGACCGGAGCCUCUACGGAAGCACCACUCUUCGAGCCCCGGCCCCGCGCGCGGCCGCGCUCCUCCGACUACGCGGGUUCCAUUCUUGUUAUCGAUCAGAGAAAACAAAUACAAAAAUCCCAGCUCUCUUACCUGGGGAUCAUGAAAUAUCAAUAAAUCCUCUACAUGGUAGUAGAAGUUCUAUAAGUAGAUUUAUACUAAAUGAAGAAAACAUUUCCUUAAUUCCGGAUACUCCAGAGAUCUUGAACUUGUCUGCUGAUUUUUCAACUUCUACGAUACACAUAAAGUGGAAUGACAAGGGUUCUGUUUUUCCACACCACUCAGAUGUCAUCUGGCAAAUUAAAAUUCUACGUAAAAAGAAGAUGGAAAUUGUAACAUUAAUGACCCACAACACAACUCUGAAUGGUAAAGAUACAGUUCAUCAAUGGAGUUGGACCUCAGACAUGCCCUUGGAAUGUGUCACUCAUUUUGUGAGAAUGAGGUGCUACGUUGAUGAUCUUCAUUUCUCUGGUCACAAAGAGUGGAGUGACUGGAGCCCAGUGAAGAACAUUUCUUGGUCGCCUGAUUAUCAACCUAAGGUUAUUCCUAAAGACAAAGUGAUACUUGUAGGCUCAGAUAUAACAGUUUGUUGUAUAAUUCAAGAAAAAGUCAUAUCAGCACAGUUUGGCAAAGAAAUGUGUUCCCUUAUCCAUCUUGAUGGAGAAAAUGUUGCAAUCAAGAUCUAUAAUGUUUCUGUUUCUCCAACUAGUGGAACAAAUGUGGUUUUCACAACAGACACCAACAUGGUUGGAACAGUUAUUUUUGCAGGAUAUCCACCUGAUAUUCCUCAGAAACUAAAUUGUGAAACACGUGAUUUAAAGGAGAUUAUAUGCACUUGGAACCCAGGAAGACCUACAGGAUUGUUGGGCCCACAUGAUACAAAUUAUACUUUAUUUGAAAAUUUUUCAGGACAAAAUGUUAAAAGAGCUGAAGACACCACAAAUGUAAACUAUCAGUUAUUCUUUCAAAUGAUUCCAAAUCGGGAAAUAUAUAAUUUUACUUUGAAAGCUCACAAUCCUUUGGGUCAGUCAGAAUCAACAGUUUUAGUCAACAUAACUGAAAGAGUUUAUCCCCACACUCCUACUUCGUUCAAAGUGAAGGAUAUUAAUUCAACAGCUGUUACACUUUCUUGGCACUUACCAGGCAGCUUUGCAAAGAUUAAUCUUUUAUGUCAAAUUGAAAUUACUAAAAGUAAUUCAGUACAAGAACUGCAGAAUGUCACAGUCAAAGGACUAGAAAAUUCAAGUUAUCUCAUAACUGUGGGCAAGUUAAGUCCAUAUACUAAUUAUACUUUUCGGAUUCGUUGUUCUACUGAAACAUUCUGGAAAUGGAGCAGUUGGACUAUUGAAAAACAGCAUCUAACCACAGAAGCUAUUCCUUCAAAGGGACCAGAUACUUGGAGAGAGUGGAGUUCUGAUGGGAGAAAUUUAAUAAUCUAUUGGAAGCCUUUACCCAUUAAUGAAGCUAACGGAAGAAUACUUUCCUAUAAUGUAUCCUGUUCAUCAGAUGAGGAAACACAGUCCCUUUCUGAGAUUCCUGAUCGCCAGCACAAAGCAGAAAUACAACUUGAUAAAAACGAUUACAUCAUCAGUGUGGUGGCAAAAAAUUCUGUUGGCUCAUCUCCACCUUCAAAGAUAGCUAGUAUGGAAAUUCCAAAUGCUCCAAUUGUUGCACCAAAUUUUACUGUUGAAGAUACUUCUGCGGAUUCUAUAUUAGUAAAAUGGGAAGAUAUUCCUGUGGAAGAGCUUAGAGGCUUUUUAAGAGGAUAUUUAUUUUAUUUUGGAAAAGGAGAGAGAGGCACAUCUAAGAUGAGGGGCUUGGGAUCAGACCGUUCUGACAUAAAGAUUAAGAAUAUUACUGACAUAUCUCAGAAGACAUUGAAAAUUGCUGAUCUUCAAGGUAAAACGAGUUACCAUCUGGUGCUGCGAGCCUACACUGAUGGUGGGAUAGGCCCCGAGAAGAGCAUGUACGUGGUGACAAAGGAAAAUUCUGUGGGAUUAAUUAUUGCCAUUCUCAUCCCAGUGGCAGUGGCUGUCAUUGUUGGAGUGGUCACUAGUAUCCUUUGCUAUCGGAAACGAGAAUGGAUUAAAGAAACCUUCUACCCUGAUAUUCCAAACCCGGAAAAUUGUAAAGCACUUCAGUUUCAAAAGAGCGUCUGUGAGGGAAACAGUGCUCUUAAAACAUUGGAAAUGAAUCCCUGUACCCCAAAUAAUGUCGAGGUUCUGGAAACCCGAUCAGUAGUUCCUAAAAUAGAAGAUACAGAAAUAAUUUCCCCAGUAGCUGAGCAUCCUGAAGACAGCUCUGAGGCAGAACCUGAAAACCACGUGGUUGUGUCCUAUUGUCCACCCAUCAUUGAGGAAGAAAUACCUAAUCCAGUGGCGGACGAAGCCGGAGGAACUUCACAAGUCAUCUAUAUUGAUGUUCAGUCGAUGUAUCAACCUCAGGCAAAACCAGAGGAACAAGAAAAUGACUCUGUAGGGGGGUCAGGCUAUAAGCCGCAAAUGCACCUCCCUGUUACUUCUACUGUAGAAGAUAUGACUGCAGAAGAUGACUUAGAUCACACUGCAGGCUACAGACCUCAGGCAAAUGUAAAUACUUGGAAUUUAGUAUCUCCAGACUCUCCUCGAUCCACAGACAGCAACAGUGAAAUUGUCUCUUUUGGAAGUCCAUGCUCCAUCAAUUCCCGACAGUUUUUGCUUCCUCCUAAAGAUGAAGACUCUCCCAAAUCUAGUGGAGGAGGCUGGUCCUUUACAAACUUUUUUCAGAACAAACCAAAUGAUUAACAGUGUCACUCCGUCACUUCAGUCUGCCAUCUCAAUAAGCUCUUACCGCUGGUGCUGCUGUGUCAGCACUGGUAUUCUUGGAGGGAUCCUGUGAAGUAUUGUCAGUGAGGUGACCUUCACCACGCUCAGUUACACUACGAGUGUUAAUGUGCUUUUGAUGUAGUCUAAA